CUUAAUUACUCAUUAACACUACAAGAAAUUGUACUAUUAACGACGGGAUUUCCCGUCGCGAAAGGCCAAUAAUCGUUGAUUAACGACGGGAUUUCCUGUCGCAAACCCGUCAUAAAAGGGGGUCGUCGUUAAUGAAAAUCUCGUCGUAAAUCCGUCGUAAACCCGUCGUAAAAGACAUUUGCGACGGUUAUUCCCGUCAUUGUUUGGUUGUUAGCCCCGUCGCAAAAGGCUUUUGCGACGAGAUUUUUGACCCGUCGUAAUUAGGUUGUCGUUAAAGAUACAAAUUCUUGUAAUGUAAGAAGCAUUUCGAUAAUUAUAUUUAUAAGGGUUAUAAAUUUAUAAUGUACUCCGUAACAGUAUGAUCACCAUGUUAGAAAACCUGACAUAAAUUACAUAAAAUUUAGUGAAUGUUAUGGAGUACUUUGUAGUUUACGACUUCAUAUAGUGUACAUACGAUGAAUGUAGAUUGCAGAAUACAUGCAUAUAUUCAUUUAUUUUUUUUAUGUAUAUACCAAAAAGAAUGUGCAUGAACUACUUCAUCCCCAAAAAACUUGCCAAUGUAAAGAUCACAAACAAUGCAUACAAUUUUCAUGAUUCUUGAUAAAUUUGAAUAAGCUAGAUAAGAAUGCAUAAAAUUUUAUAAUUCUUUAUAACAAAUUUUAUAUGUAUCUUGUUCAAAUGUGCAUUGUAUACCAAGAAAGAGCUUUUAGUUCAUCAACCCUAAUUGCACCUGGACCUGGUAAAUUUUCUUGUAUAAGUUAUUAUGUUCGAUAACCCAGAAUCUUUGAUUUCUCAUAAGGUGUCAGUGGACAGUGGCGUCUUAAAAGUAGCCCCGCAAGUAUUUCGUGUACCCUUUUCCAUGGCCGGUUGUUUUUGUUCAAACAUUAGUUGUUGAAUAUAAUGAAUAAUGAAGUAAUGAAACAGUUGAAUAUAAUGUAUUUGGUCGAGUUUUUAGCAAAGGGAGCCCACAAAAUGCACGCUUGUUGUUUAUAAGGGCAUAAGGCCGUCAUAAUCAAAAUUAUUUAUAGUAGUAUUCGCUGCAUGCAGAUCUUGAAUAGUUUUAUUAGGGGAAUUAAUAGAAAAAUCAAGCAAUAUAUCAGUAGUAUGUAAUUUAUAUGAUUAUACAUAAAUUUUAGGAGGGCGUAAUAGAAAAUACACUGCGAAAUUAUCUGCUCUGGGGUUAGGCUAACUUAAUCCAUAAGGAAUAUCCGCCGCUAUAUUUCACAACAAGUUAGUUUUGACAUAGUGGCUGAUCACUUUGUUUCCUCAAUCAGUUGGUUGGGAAUUCAAAUCUCAACAUUUAGAAAUGAAAAAGGAUCAUUGGCCAGCAAUAUACCUUUAAUUUGAGCACGCGUAGCAAGAGGGUUAGCAAUUGUUAUCAACGUUUCAUGUGCACCUUUAUACACUAACAAAAUAAUAAUCAAUACUUGGCAUUCAUUAAUUAUAAUGUGGAGAAAAAAAGGAACAUCUUUUAACAAAAUUAAGCCAUCUUUUUAGCUAAGCAUGGGAUGUGACUUCUUUUUAUCACUUUGUUAUCAUGAUUUUUACAUGAAUUUCAACUCAUAUAACACACGAGAAUUUCUUCCCUUUUUGUCAAAAUUUUGAUUAAUAGUGGGAUAUUAUUAGGAAGUAUGUGGGACCCCAAAAGGGAAAAACAACUCCAUCUAUUUUACGCAUGAUGCUAUUUAUUCUUUAGGCACACUAUCAUUAAUUCAUUUUAUCCUACUUUUGACACUAAAAGGGAUACUAAUUGCUAAAUCCCGACUUUCUCAUGCCUUUCAAGAAUUAACAACAUUCAAUAGAAAAAGGGAAAAAGUAAUUUGUUAACUCAUUGAACAACAAUAAAGCAAGAAACACGUCUUUUCUCUCCGUCCAAAAUUAGCCAGUCUCAAAACGUAUUUUUAGACCAAAGCCCGAAAAAUCUCAAUUUGGACCGAAAAACUUAAAAGGGAAUUUCGGUAUGGGGUUGGAUCAUCAGUCCAUGUGAUGACUCCCCUUACUAGUAAAGGGAUGCUAUGGGUACUGACGGGGAAAACGAAUCACCAUGAAACUAGUAUCCACUGGUAGCAGCUAAAGAAACCGCUGAGUUCUACGGUGGAUCCCACCGAUGCUCGCCCUUCUCAUUUGCCAAUGAACUGGAUCCGCUGCCCGCACCAAAUUUAUGGGGUUGGAUAUGAAUUUUGGUGUUAAAGCCUGGCCAAAUCAAUUCUUAUUGACUUGAUUCCUUUACCCGAAUUUACUCUCUUGUAAUCUGGUCCUAUAAGCCUGGCCCGACCUCUAAAUCUGGUCCUAUAAGUCAAUAAGUUCCAAUCAGACCUUAUAAGUUCCAUUACAAGUUCCAAUCAAGUCUUAUAAAUUUACUCUCUUAUAAUCAGGUCUGGUCAAUUCCAAUAUGUUUCAAAUAUGUCUUACCAGGUGAUUCAGGUUAAUCACGUUAUUAGUUCCAAUAAGUUCAGAUUUCAUCCAAUAAAGAGAACGCACCAUGGUCCACUUUCUAAAUUGCGCACCACAAGUGAUAAGAGUAUUAGUUUGGAAUGAUGCAAUGAUUUUCAAACUUGAUCUACACGCUUAAUAUAAACUUUUAGAAACGAAAUGAUCUAAAAUCUAAAAAGUGGUACAAUUAACAAUUUUGGUCCAAGAUUAGCGCGUUGGUUUGUGUUUGGUGUUGUACAUGUGGCCCAAUUGAGGCCCACAAAAGUUUCGAGAAAUAGUUUUAAGGCUGCAACUUUGUGAAACAUUUGAUGGACCAUGUAACCCAUUAUAUUGCCUACAUAAUUUUCAAUAUUUUAAUUAAAUUAAAAUCUCAUAUAUUGGUCUAAUUACGCAUGCUCAAAUCCCAACCCUACUCAUCUUCACCCUUCACUUUUCCACACGAGAUGAUCUUUAAGUAAUCAUCAAAGGAAGAAGAAUGCCACAAUUUGUGUUAAUUCUUUGGUUGCUUUGAUGUUACCAAAUCUAUAUAUUCUUCCCUUCUUUUGAGGUAUAAUGAUUGGAUGAUGCGACUUGUAUAUAAACGUAUAAACAAACAACUUUAUACAUACUCUGCAGUAUAUAAAAUGAGGCUUAUACUAUAUACUCCGUAUUAACUAACAUAAGUUGGUGGGGAACUCACCUUGUGACUUGGAGGUCACAAGGUUGAGCCCCAUCAACUGCGAAAUGUUUGGGAGUGAUUCAAGCGUUGACUUGCGUAGCUAGACUGGUUAACAUGUAUUUGUGUUUUCUAAACUGGCGAGUGCCCAAAACAUAAGAUUAGAUAUGCAAUUAUUCGUUUUCAGGGAUGAUUAUGUGUAACUUAUUCAAAGUUCGAUAAAGAUGAGCCUGAUUUACAUUUGUAGUAAGAUAUUUUUGCACUCGCACCAUUUUAUCUACAUCGAAAAAUUUGCACCCAUUUCUCAAUGAGAACUUCGUAUAGCCAAUAGGUGUCCAAAAAUAACCUUUUUAAAAUGAACUUUCAAAAAAGAUAUUAUAAAGAGUUAUAAUUAGGUGUUAUUCAAGAAAGAUACAUCAAAAUUGAUAUUAUAAAUUAGUAUUACAAAGUCACAAUCAAAGAUUAAUCACGAUAUAAUUUAUAAUAAGGUAGACAGAGUACGGAAUAGAUAAUUCGAUAAAUAGUUACCCUCAUUGCCUCAUACAAUCAUCCACGACAAUGUGAAGAAAUAAAAAUUCAUUUCAUUCCUUCAAUUCUUCUACAAAAUUAAAAUAAAAAAUAAAAAUAAAAAAUAAAAAAAACGUGAACAAAAUGAAGAAAGUGACGCCACAAGAACAAGAACAAGAAGAUGUACAGCUGCUCAAAUAGUCAAAUGUGGAGCAUGCGUCGAUAAUAACAACUUAUUUCGUCGUCUUCAUCUAUCAAUUCUUUAAUUAAAACUUUAAUUGAUUCUUUAAUUCCAUUCAUCUUGAUAAACGUGGAUGAUCGGGAGAAACACUCAUCUGUGAAGUGGGGUUUGUUUAAGUUACCAGCUUUUAAUUUUCCAGAUGGGAUCAAUAUUUCUUCCUCAUGGUUCGUAAUUUUACCCUUUUAUCUCUGCUUAAAGUUCCUUUUCUUUCUGUUCAAUAAUCUUCGCAAUCUACUGGAAAAAUUGAAAUUUGAGUCGUGAUUAUUGCAAUUAGAAACUUAGGCAUACAGGUAACAACAAUAGGCAAACUUCCAUUGAAAUGGGGGAUCACAAUGGAGUAAGAUAUUCUGGUAUUGAAGAAGGUUUACCUUCUUCACCUACAACUGAUAAAUCCAGAAAAAUUUCAUUACUUCCCCUUAUUUUCCUCAUCUUCUACGAGGUUUCCGGUGGUCCGUUUGGGGUAGAAGACAGUGUUGGGGCAGCAGGACCUCUAUUAGCUCUUGCCGGUUUCUUAGUUUUCCCCUUCAUAUGGAGUGUUCCCGAAGCUUUAAUCACUGCAGAAAUGGGAACAAUGUUUCCAGAAAAUGGAGGUUAUGUAGUUUGGGUUACUGCUGCAUUAGGUGAGUAUUGGGGUUUCCAACAAGGUUGGAUGAAAUGGCUUAGUGGUGUCAUUGAUAACGCGUUAUACCCCGUUUUGUUUCUCGAUUACUUCAAAUCAGUGGUUCCUUUGGUAGGUCAUGGUUAUCCAAGAACAAUAGCAGUGUUAGUUUUAACAGCAGGUCUCACUUUCUUGAACUAUAGAGGUAUGACUAUUGUUGGGAGAGCAGCUGUUCUUUUAGGGGUGGUUUCUAUUCUUCCUUUUAUAGUUAUGGGAUUGUUAUCAAUCCCGAGAAUUGAGCCUUCAAGAUGGUUAGUAGUUGAUCUUCAUAAUGUAAACUGGGGUUUGUAUUUAAACACUCUGUUCUGGAAUCUGAACUACUGGGAUUCAGUAAGUACACUUGCUGGUGAAGUAGAGAACCCAAAGAAAACACUUCCAAAGGCGUUGUCUUAUGCUUUAAUCUUUGUUGUUGCUGCUUAUUUCUUCCCACUUUUAGCCGGUACCGGUGCGAUCCCACUUGACCGUAGUCAAUGGUCUGACGGCUAUUUCGCUGAGGUGGCGAAAAUCAUCGGUGGAACGUGGCUAUGUUGGUGGGUCCAGGGUGCGGCUGCAAUGUCAAACAUGGGAAUGUUUGUUGCAGAAAUGAGCAGUGAUUCUUUCCAACUUUUGGGUAUGGCAGAACGAGGCAUGCUUCCCGAACUCUUUGCAAAGAGAUCACGGCAUGGAACACCACUAAUCGGAAUACUCUUCUCAGCUUCUGGUGUAAUUUUACUAUCUUGGUUGAGUUUCGAAGAGAUAAUUGCUGCUGAAAAUUUCUUGUAUUGUUUUGGAAUGAUCCUCGAAUUCAUAGCAUUUGUGGUGAUGCGUAUCAAGCAACCGAAUACACCCCGACCUCACAAAAUCCCGUUCGGGACAGUUGGAGCUGUACUGAUCUGUAUUCCUCCGACCAUUUUGAUCUGCGUGGUUUUGGCUCUUGCGUCCGUUAAAGUCAUGAUUGUGAGCCUCAUAGCUGUUUCGAUUGGUCUGGUGAUGCACCCUGCUCUUAAGUAUUGCGAGAAGAAAAGAUGGAUGAAAUUUUCAGUAAGUUCUAAUCUUCCUGAUUUAGAAACAGAAGUUCAUGAUAAUACUCAAUCCUUGGUUCAAUAGCAAGUUGCAAUGAAGAAGAAAAAGAAAGGCUAACCAUAUUCUUGAAUUUUUAAAGUUGGAUUUUAAGAAUACAGUGGUGUUUAUAGCCUUACAAAGGGUGUCAAUGUAUGUUGUAGCCUUAAUGUGUUUUUGCCUUGCUAUUUUAGCUUCUGAUCGUGACUGGGUUGCUGUGUAAAUCAUCUUGUUUUAAUACUUUAAUAGUGAUGAUUAGUAGGAAUUGCAAUUGGAAAUUCCUAAAUCAGGUUUAUAGCUUUCUUUCAGUAUUGAGUUGUAAGUUUUUCAGUCGUUUGGUAAAUUUCUUUCUGCCGUUUUCUUUA